AUGAUCAUAAGACCUCGAGUCCGUAAGGUCGCGCUUCGCCGAGGCCUACAGACAGUACUCUCGCUCCUACUUCUCUGGACCUGCUUCGACUUAUGGACUGUCCGACGCUCGGCUCGUCAACAAGCUGGCGUCGAUGUGCCUCUAUUUGGGGACCAGAAAGUCUUCAUAGCCAGCCUCCACUGGACCGAUGAGCUCGUCCUCAGAGACUACUGGAUUGCGUCUGUGGUCGAGCUAGCCAGAGAAAUCGGCCCAUCUAACGUCUUCGUGAGCGUGUACGAAAGUGGCAGUCUUGACGAUGCGAAGGGUGCUCUGCGCGAGCUUCAAGACGAACUUGUUCUUCACAACAUUCCGCACAAGGUCGUGUUAGACGAAACGACACAUCUGGACGAAGUCAGCAGGCCACCAGCGGCUUCAGGAUGGAUCCAGAUGCCGGCAACGAAGUCCUAUCGUCAAAACUGGACCGAGUGGUUUACGCUGCAGAAGGACGAGUGGGUGCCCAGAAGGAUUCCCUAUCUCGCGAGGCUCCGUAAUUUGGUCAUGCAUCCUCUGUAUGAGCAGCAGAAGCAAGGUAUCACGUAUGAUAGAGUGCUCUGGCUGAACGAUGUUGUUUUCACGACGAAAGACGUCCGGGCUCUGCUGGCGACCCGGAACGGUAAUUAUGCUGCAGCUUGCGCCCUGGACUUCAAGCAAGCACCAGCAUUCUACGACACCUUCGCUCUCCGAGAUGCUGACGGCUACGCUCCAUUGAUGGACACUUGGCCGUACUUUCAGAGUGCCAUGUCACGGAAAGCAAUAAAACACAGCCUCCCAGUACCCGUGGCCAGUUGCUGGAAUGGCAUGCUAGCUUUUGAUGCUGCGCCAUUUUAUGAUAUCCACUCCCCGCUCUUAUUCAGAGGUGUGCCAGAUGAUCUCGCAAGAGCGCAUCUCGAAGGCUCGGAGUCUUGCCUCAUACAUGCCGACAAUCCACUUUCCGCGGACAGAGGUGUCUGGGUCAACCCACAAGUGCGAGUAGGCUAUAAUGGCACUGCAUACGAUAGCGCCAAUUCGGGGACCUGGCCUUCUAGCCUGGAUAUUGUGAUUGGAAUUUGGAGGAAUAGGUUCAUCCGCUGGUUCCAUGCUUCGGAUCUGUAUCGUGAGCGCAGAGCAGUAGCAAAGACGGCAAGGGAGUGGAAAGCUCAGAAGCCGGGCGUGGUUGAGAAUGGAGCUUUCUGUCUGAUUGACGAGAUGCAGAUACUACUUUGGAAUGGAUGGGGCCAUGCUUAG